AUGGCUACCGCUGCCGCAAACAAGACCGCUGGUGGUAACGCCGCGUUCCACAACUUCCAUAACGACUUUGCCCAUAUCCAGGAUCCAAAUGAGAGACGACGACUUGCUCUUGCUGAGAUUGACAAAGCUCCGUUCGGAUGGUACCACGUGCGAGCCUGCGUUGUUGCAGGUAUUGGUUUCUUCACUGAUUCCUACGAUAUCUUUGCUAUCAACUUGGUGACUGCCAUGUUGGGUAUAGCUUUCUUCCAGAACAAAGUAUCAAAAGGCACGAUUCCUGUAAACUCAGAUACCGCUAUCAAAGUCGCAACCUCUGGUGGAACUGUUCUUGGCCAACUUGGUUUCGGUUAUCUUGCUGAUGUGGUUGGCCGUAAGAAGAUGUACGGAUUGGAGUUGAUCAUUAUUAUUUUUGCCACCCUGGCCCAGGCACUCUCCUCACCAUCUCAUGCUGUCUCGAUCACCGGUUUGCUAAUUUUCUGGCGUGUGCUUAUGGGUAUUGGAAUUGGUGGUGACUACCCAUUAUCUUCCAUCAUCACAUCCGAGUUUGCUACCACCAAAUGGAGAGGCGCGAUGAUGAAUGCAGUCUUCGCCAUGCAAGGUAUUGGUCAAUUCGUCGCCGCCAUCAUGGCCUUGAUCGUUACCGCGGGGUUCAAAGAGUCCCUCAUCACCGGCUCCAAGGCUUCCACCUGUACUGGUGUCUGCCAACUCGCCGUCGACAAGAUGUGGCGUAUCAUCGUCGGAUUUGGUGCAGUUCCCGGUUGUAUCGCCCUCUACUACCGUCUUACCAUCCCGGAAACUCCACGUUACACUUUCGAUGUAGCUCGCGAUGUCGAGACUGCCGCCGCAGACGCCAAUGCCUACAUGCACGGCAAAGCCUCCGGCAAUCCAGAUGAGAUCACUCGGGUAACUGCAAUGCAGCAACAAUCUCAGAACCUCCAAAUCCCAAAGGCCUCCAUGCGCGACUUCCUCCACCACUAUGGGCAAUGGAAACACGGAAAGGUCCUCCUCGGCACAGCUGGUUCUUGGUUUUUCCUUGAUGUGGCAUAUUACGGUCUCGGUCUAAACAACUCCAUCAUUCUCACCGCAAUUGGUUACUCUGGCGGAAACAACAUGUACGAAGUUUUCUACAAGAAUGCUGUUGGAAACUUGAUUCUCGUCUGUGCCGGUGCCAUUCCUGGAUACUGGGUCUCGGUCGCUACCAUCGACACACUCGGUCGUAAACCAAUUCAGAUCAUGGGCUUCACCAUGCUUACCAUCCUCUUUGUCGUCAUCGGUUUCGCAUACCAUAAAUUAUCCGGUAAUGCGCUCCUCGGACUCUACGUCGUCGCCCAGUUCUUCUUCAACUUCGGUCCUAAUUCCACAACCUUCAUCGUACCGGGAGAAUGCUUCCCAACCCGUUACCGCUCCACCUCCCACGGUUUCUCCGCCGCAUCCGGAAAGGUUGGUGCCAUCAUCGCGCAAGUCGUUUUCGGGCCUCUUCGAACGAAGGGUGCGGUACCCGGUGCCAAGGGUAGAGAUAGUACCCCUUGGUUGAACCACAUCAUGGAGAUCUUUGCUCUUUUCAUGUUAUGUGGUCUUCUUACCUCAUUCUUGAUUCCUGAGACAAAGAGGAAGACGCUUGAGGAGUUGGCUGGCGAGGUUCCUGGAACUGACAACUACGAUCCUGGACUCGGUGCUGUGACGCAAAAACAUUCUAAUGAGGGAUCGGAAACGACACCGGCUCAAGUUGCGAAUACUGAGAAGGUUGUUUGA